GAGAGCUCGCUGUCGACCCACCUCCACAUUGAUUCUAACAAACAACUUAUUGACAAUUUGGUGUAAAUUCCAUUUAUUUUGUUUGGUUUGGCAUCCAUUAUUAUAGCAUGGGAAAUUCAUUGGGGAUCAUAAGCGAAGACGAUGACCUAUUUGACAUACCCGCCGAUGGACUUGGCUACAAUGUUAUCAAUUUCACAGUGGAUGCCAUGAAUGUGCAUUUUCGUCAACAAAACAAUCACCCAAACAAUCUGCCAGUUUGUGAAAAGCCAAACGUAGAUAAAUUUAAAUACACAGAGAUGUACAACGAGGUGAAAGCUCGUUGCAGCAUGACCGCCAAGCCAACGGAACAGCGCUGGAACUUAAUGCAAGCCCUGCAAAAGCGUGAAAAUGGCCUUGCAUAUCCUGGCAGCGACUCUUUUUCGCCAAAUCAACAACGUUAUUUCUCUAACAUGUAUAUACCGAACCAUAGAUCAAUGCGUUUAAUGUCGCUCGAUGCCAAAGUGUUUGUGUCCAAGUUCAAUAAGACGGGCACCAAGCUCUUAACAGCGUGUCAAGAUGGCUUUGUCCGCAUUAACGAUGGCUCCAAAGGCACUUAUCAUCUGCUGAAUAGAAUAAGUGCACGCGAUAUACAGUGGAGCAUUACAGAUGCGGACUUUAGUCCGAAUGGCCAGCACUUCGCCUACUCCACUUGGUCACGUUCUUUUUAUAUAAUGCCCGUAGAUGGCUCGGACGAUGAUUGCCAAUGGAUCGACGUAAACGAUACUUCGAGCAGUCGCGUUGCUAUUUUCUCGAUUCGUUAUUCGCCAACGGGCGAUAAGAUUAUUGGUGGCAGUAACAAUUCCGCUGUGAUUAUUGGAGAUGUGGAGACGCGUGCCACACAGAUCCUGCGCACCCAUCGCAUGCCUGUAACGGAUGUGAAUGCCGUUUCUUAUAUUAAUGACAAUGAUCCGAAUGUGAUAAUAGCCGGUUGUGAUGAUGGCUUGUUAAAGGUUUACGAUUUACGCACCUCGUUUCGCAGUCGCAAUCUGUCCAAAAGUGUUGUCUCGUUUAUUGGACACUUUGAUGGGAUUACCUAUAUUGAUUCGCGCAAUGAUGGCUACCAUGUACUCUCCAAUUCCAAGGACCAAAGUAUCAAAAUCUGGGAUAUGCGCAAGCCAAGCAAUCUGCGAAACCGCAGCACCGCCCGCCAACAUCAGCUGGCAAUGACUACAUGGGACUAUCGUUGGGAUCGUGUUCCCCGCGAAUUUUACAAUCCACGAAAAGCUUUAGAUGGUGAUAGCAGCAUUAUGACCUAUCGUGGACAUCGUGUUAGUAAAACGCUGCUUCGCGCGAAAUUUUCUCCCAUGGAGCAAACAGGACAGCGUUUCAUAUACACGGGCUGUGCUACGGGCCGCAUAAUAAUUUAUGACGUGCUGACGGGGAAGAUACGUGAGGCUAUUGAGGGACAUAAAAACGUUAUACGGGACCUGGACUGGCAUCCAGUGCGCUCUGAAAUUGUAUCCAGCUCGUGGGAUACGCAUGUUAAUCUGAACAAUUAUAAUAGAAAUAUAGCGACGCAGAGCUUGAAACGUCGUCGCAGUCAAACCCAUGAUAAUCGCCCAUUGCGUCGUUCGCGUCGAUUAGCUAAUCGGAAUAAUGCACCUGAGUAGGAGGCCUUUGAUAUUUGCUUAUUGUAUAGCUUUAAUAACUAACAAUUAGUAAUUAAUUAUAAAACUUGUUCAAAUGUUAAACCAUACCUCUGCGAGUGACACGUUCAUAAAAACAUAUACAUAUU